AUGAAAAGGAUUUUUAUUGAUCUGAAUGAUAAUGACGCAUUAUACGUAGCAGAUUAUGAGAACGAACGUGUGUUAAAAUUUGAACAGGGACAAACAAAUGGAGAAGAAGAGGGUGAUUUAUUUCGACCCUCUGCGUUGUUUGUUGAUAGUAACCGGUCAUUGGGCGGUCGAUCUCAGUUGAAUGGACCGAUGGCUGUUGUUGUUGACCAUAAUGAGAAUAUUUAUAUUACGGAUCGUGGUAGCCAUCGUAUAGUUAAAUGGAUGGUAGCAGAAAAUGAUGGCGACUGUAUUAUCGGAUGUACAGGAGAUAGUGGCACUGCUGCUGAUCAGCUAAAUGAACCAACAGAUCUAAAAUUUGAUAGUUUUGCUAUUCGAUUUGUGCAAAUGCAAGACGAUGAUGAUACAACUACUGUACUACCAACCACGACAACAGACGAUGUAAGCACUACGUUACUUACCCGACUAACAAGCCCAUCUGAUGUUGGUAAUGGUACUGCUCGUAACGGCACCGCUUAUUUUAUCGAUUUGAAUUCAUCUAAUAAACAACGUGUCAUCAUUACACUGGCUGUAUUAUGUGUAGCAUUAGCUGUUCUGCUUGGAUUUCUUGUAUCCAUUGUUGUUUGUCAAUGGCUUCAACGCGGCCAGAUUGUUCAAACGAAUGGUGAUUUAGGUCCACGAUAUACUUAUCCAACAAAUGAUCAAAACUAUAGACAGACUGCGAAACUGUAG